AUGGAGCCGCGGCGGCCCCGGCCGCGUUACUGCGCCCCGUCCUCGCCGCCUGGUCGCGGCGGGCGGGAGAACAAGGGGCUGCGUCGAAAGGGCCUGCCGGGGGCCGGGAGCGCCGGCGGCCCCGAAGAGGCGGCGGACGGCAGGAAACCGAAGUUCCACUUAAAUAUCAAGACACUGACAGAUGACGUGUUGGAUAGAUUUGCCAGUCUAAGAAUUCCAGGAAGUAAAAAAGAAAGACCUCCUCUGCUGCAUAUGAAACAGUCACAUUCUGCAGAUCGGUCAUCCACACCUAUGGAUGUGGAGGAUUUUGCACCAAACCCUCUGUCGGAAAGAGAAAUCAUAGCACUCUUUGAAAAAAUGAUGGAGGAUAUGAAUUUGAAUGAAGACAAGAAGAUGCCACUGAGAGAAAAAGAUUUUAAUACCAAAAAAGAAAUGGUGAUGCAAUAUAUUAGCACUGCUUCAAAGUCUGGAAGUCUCAAGAACAGUCGGAAGAUUUCAGCCCAAGAGUUUAUUCAGGAAUUAAAAUCUGGGUCAACAGAUGAAAGACUAGUCACUUGCUUAGAAUCUCUCCGUGUGUCCUUGACUAGUAAUCCUGUCAGCUGGGUUGAAAACUUUGGUCGAGAAGGUCUAGGGCUGUUGUUGGACGUUUUGGAAAGAUUGGUAGAGACAAAAAUCCAGGACAAAGUUGUGAAGAGGAGUCAGCAUAAGGUUAUUCAGUGUUUGAGAGCCUUCAUGAAUAAUAAGUAUGGAUUGGAAAGAAUUUUGGGAGAAGAGAGAAGCCUUUUGUUGCUGAUCAAAGCAAUUGAUCCAAAGCAAACUAACAUGAUGACAGAUAUAGUUAAACUCCUUUCUGCAAUGUGCAUUGUUGGAGAGGAAAACAUCCUUGAAAAAAUUUUGGAAGCCAUAACAGCAGCAGCAGAGGAAAGGAAUGUAGAUAGAUUCUCUCCUAUUGUAGAAGGUCUUCAGGAUAACUCAGUUCAGCUGCAAGUAGCUUGCAUGCAGCUCAUCAAUGCUCUUGUUACAUCUCCUGAUGACUUGGAUUUUAGGCUUCACAUCAGAAAUGAAUUCAUGCGCAGUGGAUUGAAAGAGAUAUUGCCACAAUUGAAAUGUAUAAAGAAUGAAGCACUAGAUAUUCAGCUGAAAGUGUUCAAUGAGCAUAAGGAAGAAGACAUGAUCGAAUUCUCUCAUCGUUUAGAAGAUAUUAGAUCUGAACUAGAUGAAGUAAAUGAUGUUUACAACAUGGUGUGGAAUACAGUUAAGGAUACUAGCGCUGAAGGAUAUUUUCUUUCUAUUCUCCAACAUCUUUUGCUGAUAAGAAAUGAUUAUUUUAUACGUCCACAGUAUUUCAAAUUAAUUGAAGAGUGUGUGUCCCAGAUAGUGUUACAUCGAAGUGGAACAGACCCAGAUUUCACAUAUCGUAAAAGAUUAGAUAUAGAUAUCAGCCAUUUAGUAGAUAUUUGUGUAGAUAAAGCAAGAUUAGAAGAAUGUGAAGAGAGAGCUGCUGAACUUUCCAAAAAAUUUGAAAAGGAUUUUGUAGCUCAUCAGGAGACCCAAGCCCUACUGCAAAAAAAAGAAGAGAGAAUCAGUGAACUUGAAGCAGAAUUACAAGCUUUUAAAUCACAGUAUGGCUCCCUGCCACCUGGUUUUCUAUCAUCAAUAUGUGGAGAUCCAUCUGCAGUUCCACUGGAAGCUACAGGACCAAAUCAGCUGCCUCCUCCUCCUCCUCCACCACCACUGCCUUCUAAUGGAGCAAUUCCACCACCGCCGCCUCCCCCUCCUCCUCCACCACUUCUGAAUGGCAUGGGAAUGCCUCUGGCUUUUGGUGGUGCUCCUCCACCGCCGCCUCUACCAGGCUUGCCUGGAGUACAGUGGUCUCCACCUUCAUGUACUUUGCCAUUUGGAAUGAAGCCUAAAAAAGAAUUCAGACCUGAGAUCACCAUGAAAAGGCUCAACUGGUCCAAGAUCAGGCCUCAGGAAAUGACAGAAUCCUGCUUUUGGGUUAAGGCAGAAGAAGACAAGUAUGAGAAUGCUGACAUGCUUUGCAAAUUGGAACUUACAUUUUGUUGUCAAAAAAGGGUAAAAAAAGAGGAGGAGGAUUUUGAAGAAAAGAAAUCCAUUAAGAAACGAAUCAAAGAAUUAAAAGUUUUGGACGCUAAGAUUGCACAGAAUCUGUCAAUUUUCCUUGGUUCUUUCCGAGUGCCUUAUGAGGAAAUUAAAAGGAUGAUAUUAGAAGUAGAUGAAACACAGCUGUCAGAGUCCAUGGUUCAGAAUUUAAUAAAGCAUCUUCCAGAACAAGAGCAAUUGAAUGCAUUGUCCAAGUUCAAGAGUGAGUAUAAUAAUUUGUCUGAGCCGGAGCAGUUUGGAGUUGUGAUGAGCAACGUGAAGAGACUACGGCCACGGCUCAGUGCUAUUCUUUUUAAGCUCCAGUUUGAGGAGCAGGUGAACAACAUCAAACCUGACAUCAUGGCUGUCAGUGCUGCCUGUGAAGAGAUAAAGAAGAGUAAAAGCUUUAGCAAGCUGCUGGAACUAGUGUUGUUAAUAGGAAACUACAUGAAUGCAGGUUCUCGCAAUGCUCAAACCUUUGGAUAUAAUCUCAGCUCCCUAUGUAAAUUGAAGGACACAAAGUCAGCAGAUCAGAAAACAACAUUGCUCCAUUUUCUUGUAGAAGUGUGUGAGGAAAGCUAUCAGGAUGUCCUGAAUUUUGUUGAGGAUUUUCAGCAUUUAGAUAAAGCUAGUAAAGUCUCAGCGGAAAACCUGGAGAAGAGUCUGAAGCAUAUGGAGAGGCAACUCCAACAGCUUGAGAAGGAUUUGCAGACUUUUCCAGUUCCUGAAGAUAAGCACGAUAAGUUUGUAGCAAAAAUGUCAAGCUUUCUAGUUCAUGCCAAAGAAGAUUUUCAGAAACUUUCACGGAUGCACGAGAACAUGGAAAAACUGUAUCAGAAUGUGAUGGGAUAUUAUGCUAUUGAUCUAAAGAAAGUCUCAGUGGAGGAGUUUUUAACAGACUUAAACAACUUCAGGACAAUGUUCAUGCAAGCAGUAAAGGAGAAUAUGAGAAGAAGGGAAGCAGAAGAAAAACAGAGGCGUGCAAAAAUAGCUAAGGAGAAAGCAGAAAAAGAAAAACAAGAGAGGCAACAGAAGAAAAAGCGCUUGUUAGAAAUGAAAACAGAAGGUGAGGAGACUGGAGUGAUGGAUAGCCUGUUGGAGGCCUUGCAAUCAGGUGCAGCUUUUCGAGAUCGAAGGAAAAGGACACCAAGGUCUAAAGACAUGCCACAGAAUCUCAGUCCAACCACACAGCGGCCUGUGCUAAAAGCUUGUAACCAUGAGAACCAGAAAGGACAACUAGAGAAGUCAUGUUCACACCACAGUAUCAGUUUAAACCUGACAAGAAGCCCAGUCACCAAAGAGGAUACGUAUGAUGUGGAAAUAAGUUCUACAGUGCGGAAUAAGACUGUUGGGAGAAAGGAACCCUGUCAUGGAGAAGGCAACAAAGAAAAGAAAAUAGAUCAUAAUAGGUCUCCUCCUAAGGGAGAAGCCAUUCCAGAAGUAGAAGCUCUCCUGGCAAGACUGCGAGCAUUGUAGAAUAAUCAUAUAAGGGAUUAAAUCAAAGCUUCAAAACAAACUGUAUUAGUUUACACCUUCAAAGAUACACUAAUAUUUUAUUGUUGACAUUACAAUACUCCUGAGUUCCUCAGUUCUCUGUGGAUGAAUGCCCUGCUUCCAAACUAUUCGUUUGCAAGACUGUACAAAAUGAUCUCGCAUAACUGCAAGAUGAUUUUUAUUCUGUGUUUUUACCUACUGAGCAUACAAAAAAUAUCAAAAGAGAACAAUUACCAAAUUAUUCCAAGGCAC